CACCUGUUGUGUAACAGCUUUGCCAGCAAUUUGGCAGCUUUUGGCAGCUCACCGAUGAACUCUUUCGUAUUAACUCCACUACCACAUAUAUUGCACUGAGACAUAACUUGUCUUUUGCCUGCGUCUAUAGCCCAUCUUAGAAUAUCAACAGAAUGCCGAGAUCUAGGAGUUCCAGCUAUAGAGUCUCAGUCAAUCCUAUUGCCACUCUUCCGAUAGAAGUUUUCGAAGGCGUGAUGGACCAUCUCCGUUCAUAUAGACAAACGCUUGACGCAUGCUCUCUGGUCUGCAAAGCUUGGCUACCCAUCGCCAGAGUACGACUAUAUGAGAGCAUGUCUGUACCUCUAUACGACCACGAUACGAUGGAUGAAUUCAUCGAGUUUCUAGAAACCGCACCAAACAUCUUGCCGUUGAUCGUCGACCUCCGCAUUCAUGGAAUUGACCUGCGGACCGAGAUCACCCUUCACGACGGUCACCUUAAUGUCAUCCUCUCGUUGCUUUCCAACCUUCGAAACUUACAUUUGGAACUCCUACGACUCUCCAUUCAAAACACAGCUAGCUCUGCUGUUCUUACAUCUACGGAGGCUGAGCUCACGUGUGCCCGAUAUAAUCUCCAUCGCUUACGUCUGGAGCAUAUCGAUGCCAAAACAAUUUCUCCCGACGAAGACGAAGUUCCCCUUGAUGUUUUCGAAUUCCUUGGUAUCUUUGCCCAAAUUCAUACGUUGGAGCUGUGGAAGUGUCACUUCCACCCAAGGACCUCUCUUCCUCCAAGUUCUGCGGAUCGUACACACGUCCCAAAACGCAUUGCCGUUACGAGUAUCAUCAUUAAUCAGAUGUAUUUGGCCUCUUUUUAUGCGUACAUGCAACGACAUUUGGAUUUACCACAACUCCAUGCUUUGCAUACCUUUGGCAAUACCAUUGACGCGUUACUUUCUGCUUCCACGCUGAUUCAAAGGCCCGACACCAAUAUCACCACUUUUACCUUCACGCUACCCGACCAGUCCAUACUCUCCGAAGCGGAGAUAGUGGCAUCUCAUUUUUCCUCUUGCACAAGCCUCGACGCCGUGUACAUCCAGCUUGCUUCGAGAUACCAGCGUACUGCUUCUAAUUUCACGGAGGAGUUUCGUGAUAUCCUACUCUUCACGACGCAUUUUCCUAAAUCCAUUCGACACCUAGUGUUCGGGUGCGUUAUCAACUCGGGGAACUCACUAUUCAUGGAAAACCUGAAGACGCGUGACUGGUACUUAUUCGAAAAUGACCUUUCCAAAUAUCCCUCUCUCCAAUCGCUCACGUUUCGCCUAUAUGACCAAUCCGUUCAUCCUAUGGAUCAAGAUGUCGUACCUAUCGCGGAAACCGUGAAGUUGGCUUUCACUGAUGUCCUUCCAUUGCUGGCGAGACGAGUCUCCAUUCGUUUCACAAGGCCUCCUAGUAUUUCAGUUCUUUAAAUGAUUUCACAAGACCGUUGUAACUUUCGUUUAAGGCAGCCCUUACUAGAGCGUGAUUCGGUUCCCUAUACACGUGUUUGAUAGCAUUGGAGAUGCCAGAGUACGGUUCUACUAUUUAUCUGGCCAGGGGGUCAUUUACUCGCUCGUACCAUCCUGAACGUUAUAAGUAAUUGCUUCUUCUUUCUAUCCUGGUGGCUUCCUACAGUGCGUGAUUUCAUCUUCGUCAAUACUCCUUCGUGUAGGUAUUCCCCCAAAGGCCUUUUCGGACCAUCUUGGUAGUAUACCAUCGACGAGGAUGUUUUGUUCUCAUGUCAUGUGCCAACUUACGGAGAGUUUAUCUCAAUUUUAGACACUAGAAGUAGACAAGCUGCUACGAACGAGUCGUCGAUACUCAACUUGUCUUGUCGUCAUCCGCGAUUUAUCGGUGAAGAAUAAAUUUCUAUGCGGAC